UUCGGCAACUGCAGGGAAUCCGUGGAGCAGAAGAGAUCGCCAGGUAUCCGCUAGAGGAGCUGCGUUAUCUCAAAUGAUUUAAUCAUGUGACGGGCUUAUUAGGACUUUUAUCAUAAUGAAAUCAAAUUUUCCGAAUAGACAGCGGAUACCGAGGCGAUUUAGAGCCUGAUAACGGAAGGCAAUGCACAGAGGAGGCGGUAACCCAGGACUGGGCUGGUGGAAGGCAGCGGCCCCUGCAGUGUGCUGAGACCAAAGAUAGAAGAGCGCCGUCAAGUAAGGAGCGGAACCAACUCAACUUCCGGAUGAGAAUUUCAGAAUAAAAGAGGUCUGCCUUCACUAUGCCAGUAUGGACUGUCUGAGCCGCAGCAGGAAGCGGCUCUAGCUGGCUGAGAAUCGCCUGUGCUCCUGGGACCGAUGACGGGACCCAACUCCCCGAGCCGGACCGGCACCUCAUCGGCCAAGUUCAACAGGCGCGGCCGCUCCAAGAGCAGCAGUGCACACUGCCUGCUCCACUGCGGCGCUGGGGAGGAGACCGCCGCCUGCCCCCUCAGUAAAUCCCCCGAGGAGGAAGAGAAGAAGGACGGAGGGGUUCUCUUCUACGUUAAUCGGAACGGGUUCCCCAUCGAGAGCGUCACCUGGGAGAGGAUGUGGUCCCAUGUGGCCGCCGUCCAUCCUGAGGGGCAGGAGAUGGUGGACCGGAUACGGAACGCUGCAAACCUGCCAAAAGCUGUUCCCUCCAUUCCAACCUUCAAGCCAUCCAUGUCAGCCCCCGAUUGGCUGGUAGCCGUCCAGAACUACAUGAAGGCUCUGCAGUACAACCACACUGGAACCCAGUUUUUUGAGAUUAAGAAGAGCCGCCCGCUGUGUGGGUUGAUGGAAACGGCGAGGGAGAUGAUCAGGGAGUCUCUGCCAAUCAAAUGCCUGGAAGCCGUCAUCCUGGGAGUCUACCUGACCAACGGCCUCACGUCUCUGGAGCGCUUCCCCAUCAGCUUCAAGACCCAGUUUUCAGGUCACUGCUUCCACCACGUGGUUCUGGGCGUCUACUGCAACGGUCGCUACGGAUCGCUGGGCAUGAGCCGGCGCCCGGACCUGAUGGACAAACCGCUGAGCCACCGGACGCUGAGCGAGCUGGUGGCCGAGUUCGAGAGCUCCUACAAGAGAUACCAGCACACGCUGAAGAAGGUGAAGAUUGGCUUGUACGUGCCUCACGACCCCCAUGUCUUUCAGCCAAUCGAGUGGAAGUACUUGGUGCUGAACACGACCCGACUCGGCGCUCAGGAGAUGAGGAAGGAUCUGGAGAAACAUGGCCGGGACAUGAGGAUGAAGAUCCUGAAAUCCUCCAUCGCUCAGUCACCAAUCAAGGAGCGCAGCCGAGGAAAGUCCUUAUCGCCACGGCGGCGGCCGGUCAGCCCUCAGCGACGCAUCGAAAAACGUCGAGACAAAUCGCCAGCCGCAGUGGAGAGGAGACCUCUGGAGCUCAGCACCCUUAGCGACGGUUACCAGAUCCGUAUCUAAUGAACUCCCCUGCCCUUUGACCCCGCCCCACCCUGACCCGCCCUCGCUCAGCCUGGGGUCAACCUGCCGUCAUUGCUGCCAUAAACCAGGUCACUGCAACUGCGUCCAGUGCGAAUCAGAAGUAAAGUAGUUGUGGACAGAAUGUGGUAGCCAUUCUUCAUUCCUGACAGGAAGCUCGUCUAGGUCACUUCCUGUCAUGAGGCAGCAGUUAGAGCUGAACCGUCUGGUUGGGGGCGGUCCUUUCUCAAAGGGGCGGGGUUUAAAGAAAAAACAUGGCUGGAGUUUUUCAUCAUGAAAGAUUCUCAGAACGUUAUCGGAUUUAAAACGUCUCUCCAGAAGUUGGACCAAAAAUUCAACUAAACAAAUAAAACUGAAGAUAAUGGAAUUCAAAACCGACAGGAGUCCAAAUAAUCUGGCUGAACACACUUUGAAAUGCAGAAUGCAUUAAUCACUGUAGGCAGGCUAGAUUAGGAGAGCAUGUUGGAUAAAUUAUGCAAAAACAACUAAAGAGUCAGAACAGAACAGAUGAAGAUGGAGUGAUAGAAGCGAUGGAUUAUCAGAGCGCAGCAGAAUCUGUCUGUUGACACAAAUCAGAAGGUUUGACCUUUAAAUCAUUUAAGCUUCACUUUUUUGCAAAGUUGAGAAGAAAUUAGCAUGUUAUGUUCAGAGCCAAAUAUUUUCCCUCUAAAGGUUCUGCUUGGGAAGGAGAAAAGGUCAAAGUUUAUUUUCCAACCUGUUCCACCAACAGCUGGAAAGUGAACAGAUUGAGGUUCAGAGGAACCAAACAGGAAGUGAUGUAUCUUUGUGUUGCAGUCAGCGCCGUUUGAACAUGUUUAUGAAUCCAUAAAGUUUCAUUUGAAGGUAAAUCUCUGAAUCGGAGGAGAGAGAGUUGAUCCCAGAGAAACUCAGAGCAGCCUCCAGUCAGUACUGUUUGCACUGACGGUGUGUGUGUGUGUGUG